AUGUGCUUCAUAUGUGCAUUGAUGGAUACAUUGCGUGAAACAACUGAUUAUGGACCACAUAAAAAGCAUCCGACAACGCCAAGUUACUGGCGUAAUUCGAAACUUCAUCGAAUUUCUGAUUUCAUGUACUUUACUAGUGUCUUACCUGUUGGUGCUAUAACCUGUUUACUUUUUUGGUCUUUAUAUGCUUUGGAACCAACAUUAGUAAUACCAAAAUGGGCGGAAGAGUUAAUUCCACCUUUUAUGAAUCAUAUCACUCAUACUGCACCAUUACCAUUCAUUCUUGUUGAUACACUUUUAACUUGUCAUCGAGCACCUUCACGAAAGAUUGGUAGUAUUAUCAUUAUUGCAUUGGUUAUCUUCUACUUUUCUAUCAUUUUUGGAGUGCGUUAUUUUGAUGGUUAUUGGCUUUAUCCAUUUAUGGAAUAUUUAUCAGUGCUAGCAUUUACCAUAAUGUUUUUUAUAUCCUUGAUAUUCUUAUGGCUUAUAUAUAUUCUUGGUGAUACGAUGAAUGUUAUGCUUUGGGGCGGCGCAACACAUUCCGAACCAGUAGAGAAGGCAAAAUAG